AAGAAUUUAGCGUACCGAGCAACAGGGAAAGUUUGGAGUUUCACUUUUAGCGAGAAUGUUUCGUCGCGAGAAACCCCUUGCAUUAAAAAGCAGUGCAUCAGCAUUAGCUAACAAUCUUUCUGCUUUGAUUACUCCCGAGAAGGACUCCCUGAAUUACGCGGUGGUACAUAAAGCUGUUGUGAACAUCAUUUCCUCCACGACCGAUGGCUCGUCAGUCACCAACAAGCAAGUGAUAUGUAAGGAACCGUCAGCAACUCACCAGACCACACCAAUGAUUUUACAAUGUAAGUGGAUACAGUUGCCGGUGAGGACUGUACUGGUGCUAACAACACUCCGGGGUAUACAGAUAUACGAAUAUGAUGGAUCGGCCAUGAUCUAUUUCCAUGCCUUGGGCAAUGUUCACAGCUCUGAGGCGUCAGAGUAUGGUAAUUUUGGAAGAGGAAUUUCAUGUGUAGGGGACAAUUUCCUGUGUGUAGGAACACAAUUGGGAGAAAUAGCAGUUUUUGAUAUUCCACAAAAGGGACCUAACAUAAACAUGAAGGAAAGUUUGACAGGUCACAAAUAUCCUGUAUGUGACCUUGCCUCGGAAAGAAACACACUGAUAAGUUCUGAUGAACAGGGCAGUAUCAUUUUGUGGUCACUUAACGACACAAGUAUCCGACAGCGUCAGUUUAUCCAAGGAUCCGGUGAUCCCUGUAGCUGUCUGUGUAUAUGGAAGGAUAUCAUCGUAGGAGGGUUUGGUAAUGGUCAACUGAAGGUAUACAGUGCCAAAACAGGAAGGCUAGCAGCCCUGGUCAAUGCCCAUGUACGCUGGAUUAAUGCCCUGGACAUAGCCUCAGAAAGUGGAGAGCUUCUUUCAGUGAGUGAUGAUACGUAUGCAAGGAUCUGGAAACUGAAAGCAGGGGAGAAUCCCGAGAUUGAGUUUAGUUUUGGUGAGAGUGUUACAGACUUACAGCUGUGUGGUGGACAGUUUGUACACAAGGCAGGCAUGGGAUUUUGUGUCACCGGUUACGACAGCUCCGAUCUGGUAUUCUACCUCAGAAACUAGCCUACAUCCCAUAAUAGAACCCUUAAUAAUAAAAGAUAUUGUAUUGUUGUUUGUAUGCUUUAAUUGUGUUGGAGAAAAGUUUCCUGUGAUGUCAAAUUUAUCUAAAACUCACUUUAUUAAGGGUGUAUCCCUUCACUUUGGUUAUUUCUCAGACAGCCGGAAAAAGAACAAAUGUUACACACUCUGAUUACUAAGUUAACAUACCUGCCAAGUCACCUGUAUUUGUGCAGGUCCAUCAGAGUGUGACCUACAGGUCUAUCAGAGUAUGACCUACAGGUCCGGAUCCAUCAGAGUGUGACCUACAGGUCCCAGAGUGUGACCUACAGGUCCGGAUCCAUCAGAGUGUGACCUACAGGUCCAUCAAAGUGUGACCUACAGGUCCAUCAGAGUGUGACCUACAGGUCCGUCAGAGUGUGACCUACAGGUCCAUCAGAGUGUGACCUACAGGUCCAUCAGAGUGUGGACUACAUAAUCUGCACAGACUGUUGUAUAUUUUGGAAUCUCUUGCACUACAUAUCCUAGCAUUAAAAAUGUUUUAAAAUCACCGCUUUAACUUAUAAAUACCCCUCAAAAAAAUAUCUACUAAUAUAUUUAAAGGCAACUUUUAAUAGCAUACUUCUGAUUUUGAUGACUUAGAAACGUUUGAAUGCUGAAAUGACCUGCCAUUAGCUUGCUUGACCUACAUUUUGGCCAUCUCUGGUGUCAUUUCAUUGUUGAGAACUUGUGCCACAGAAAACCUCUGUAUGAUCACAUGUCAAACUUAUAUCUGACACGCGACCAUACAGAGGUUUUCUGUGGCAGAAAUUGCAUACUUUCCAAUGUUGUCUUGUCCUGCUACUUCUAAGCAUGAUUAUUUAUCAAGUGAAAAUAUAGAAAAUAUUGUGAAAGAAAUUUUUAGACAGUUUUCUUUUAUACUGCAAUGUCUGUUUCAAAGGUAACAUUCAUGAUUUCAGAAUAAUUGACCAAAAAUGUAUGAAAUGUAAAAGACCUUUAAUUUUGUAUUGGACUGUAAGUCAAGAAAUGUGAUAAUGAUGUGUAGACAUCUGUUGUUUACUCAUUCACCCCUGAAAUUUUAUAAUGAACUAUUCCAACCUUUGAAUUGGAAGAGUUUAAAUGUGUCUUCAGUGGUGAAUGAGUUAAUGACAUAUUCUGUUAAAUAUUCAGAUUUCCAGACUUCUGAACAUAACAGAAUUAUCUUUAAAAAGUUGAGAAGAUGUUUCCUUGUCAGGUUAAAUAUUGAGAAAUUUCAUGAAACUCAUAUUUAUUUGGUUGCUAUAUCAUUGAAUAGAUGUGAUAUUUCUGAGUGUUACAGAUGUUGAGUGUUCACCCCUAGGUAGCUUUAGUAGACUCUACCAUACAUUUUUCAGGGUGAGUCCAUUAUUGUCUACAGUGUUGAAAGGAGUAUUUGGUAAACAUUUUGUUAUAUCUGUGACAACCAUGUUCACGGCUGAGCAUCAGUUCAGAUUUUGUAUUUAUCAAUGUGCAAUUUGUAUUUGAAUAACAUUUUAUGUGAUAGAAAUAAAAAAAAAAUAGGCGUUGGCUGUUAUGUGUUCACACGGUGCAUUUAUAACUCUCUAGCCUUUCUUAGAUAUUUUUUAGAUAUUUUCACUUUUUUUCAUAGAAGUCAUAUAAUUUUUAUGUAAUACUUUGGUAUAAAUGUAAUUUUUCUGAAAGCCUUAUCAAAGUACAUGACCAAAAUCCUUAUUUUCUUGAUAUUAAUAACUCUUUAGAAUUUAUUUAUUUUUGAUUUACUUUCAUUAAUGUACUCCAUGUAAUCCACAUGAAGAAUGCUACAGAGCGUAUGUUGUUUACUUCAAAUCCUUUUAUAAUAGUUUGUAAAAAAAUGACCCAAGAUUUAAUCAUCUAUAUUUUUUUGCUCCGAGACAAAUUAAAUUUUUAUUUUCAGUAUUUAGUAAAACAUAUCAAACUUUUAUAUCCCUCUGUGGAGAUUUUUUCAGGAAAUCCGUCCAAACAUUCAUCACAUAUAGAAUGAUGUAAACAAUCAUGUUUGAGAAACAUAAACAGAGUCUGGUUCAGACAGAAGUCCAGUUUAGGCAGAAGUCUGGUUUAGACAUUAGUCCGGUUAAGACAGAAGUCUCGUUUGGACAGAAGUCUGGUUAAGACAGAAGUCUGGUUUAGACAGAAGUCUGGUUAAAACAGAAGUCUGGUUCAGACAGAAGUCCAGUUUAGGCAGAAGUUUGGUUUGGACAGAAAUCUGGGUUUAGACAGAAGUCUGGUUAAGUCAGAAGUCCAGUUUGAACAGAAGUCUGGUUAAGACAGAAGUCCAGUUUAGGCAGAUUGAUUGUAUUUGUCACUUGUUUAUACCCAGGCCGAGGCCAGACACAGAAUUGCUUUGGUAGAGAUGACAGAACAUCAACUUUGACUUCUUGAUCCGUUUUUUGGUCCUUUUGUUGGAGGUACAGUAUAUUGAGAAAAAUGGUGAUAGAGUUGUUGAUGUAUGAUAUUAAGAUGACUAUUGUAUUGGUUUGUGAGUUCUAGUAUCUCUGUAUUACAAUGUUCUCCUUUAAAUGUGAAAUAUAUUGUUACAGCUGUGUUUUCUCAGAAUUAAUGAAAUAUUUUCAUUUAUGUCAUUGUGCUGUGUUCCACAGCAGGUAAAACUGUAAUAGAUUAUGCUCCUUUAAUAUCUCUAUCUAGAGUAGAACCAUGUGCAGAAGGUCUGUUAUUAUAUCGGAAUUGUAGAAGUCACUGGACUAGUGAAAUAUUAAAAAAAAAAACUUUUGUACAGGUGAACAAAUUCACGGAAAAAAAAUCUGAAAUUCUUAUAUUUGAUGCUAAAUAAUGUUGUUUUAAUUAUCAAAACAAGAUGGAACGAAUAAAAAUUAUACGGAGGAAAAUACUACAUUUGGUAGCAAGCCUUGUGAUGUCACAAUUGAAAUGACAUCAUAAAAUGAAUGUUGAACUACAUAUUGACCAACAUGCAACUUCUGUUUGACUGUAAAAGGGGUGUGGUGUGGUGUGUAGAAAUCGGUUAUGUUUUAUAUAUAUGUAGUUCUGUGCUUUUGCAUUUCGGAUGUCAUCAAAUAAAUUUAUAACUUGUA